AUGGCGCUCCAAGUGAACAUCCCUCCAGAAGCAUACACCGCAGACAGCAUCUCACUCCAUCCUCACGGUCCCACUGAAGAGGAUCUCGAAUCCAAAAGCGACAUCUCAACCUUACCGCCGACAGAAAGCCCGUACCCCGAUGGUGGGCUCGAUGCCUGGCUCGUCGUUCUCGGCGCUUGGUGCGCCAUGAUACCGUCCAUGGGCCUCCUGAAUACUCUCGCGAUUCUCCAAGCCUGGGUGUCCGAACACGAGCUCCAUGGACUUCCCGAGUCGAAGAUCGGCUGGAUAUUCAGUUGCUAUGCUUUUUUCCUCUAUCUGCCGGGAGUGCAGGUCGGUCCAAUCGUCGACAAGUAUGAUAUUCGAGUCGUGGUCAUUCCUGGGUCAAUUGGAAUUGUCACCUCUCUAGUAUGCCUUAGUUUCUGCAAAGAGUUUUACCAAUUCCUUCUUUCCUUCGGCGUCCUUGGAGGCAUAUCAGCAUCGUUCUUAUUUAAUCCCAGCGUGGCCGCCAUAGGCCACUGGUUCAAAUGUCGUCGGGCGUUUGCUGCAGGAAUCGCAUUUACGGCUGGAGGGUUGGGAGGUAUCGCAUUCCCCUUGAUAAUGAUGUACGUCGCGCCCGAGAUCGGAUUCCCAUGGACAAUGCGGAUCAUUGCGCUCAUCUGCGCCGUCGUCCUUCUCGUGGCCUGCAUCCUACUCCGAAAGCGUCUGCCGAACAAUCCCGCAGCCAGAACGACCAUCGACAUCAAAGCCUUGCGGGAUCCCAAGUUCGCAACGACAACUCUGGGCGUCUUCCUGAUCGAGUUCGCAGUCUUCAUACCGUACUCGUACAUCUGUUCCUACGCAUUGCACGCGGGAUUUGAGCCUCACGACGCGUACAUGCUGAAUGUGCUCCUCAACGUCGGUGCCAUGCCCGGCCGCGUGUUGCCAGGCUACGUCGCAGACAGAUUCGGCACAUUCAACACCAUGUGCGUCACGGCCUUCGUGUGCGCAACGCUCCUACUGACACUGUGGCUCACGGCCGGUGGGGAUGAACGCCGCGUGACGGCGUUCACGAUACUUUUUGGGUUUUGGUCCGGCGCGGCGAUCAGUCUCACGCCUGUGUCCAUCGCGCAGGUCAGCAAGGUGGAGGAUUUGGGCAAGAGGAGCGGCACGGCGUUUUGCAUUUCCAGUGUGGGCGCUCUGAUUGGUAUUCCCAUUGCCGGAGCCAUCCUGGAGAGAGACGGUGGUGAGUAUGUGGGCUUGAUUGUGUUUGCGGGCGUGGCCUAUGCAGUAGCUUUUGCGGCGUAUGUUUUGGCGAGAGUAGUCAGUGGAGGUUGGAGACUUGCGUUGUUCUAG